GUCUGUGAUCAGAGAUAUCCUGGGCUGAAUCAGAGUGCCGUAGAGCUCGAGAGAUCCGUGAGGCAUCCUGUGGGCCGG